UAAGGACUUGGCUAUGAAUAGCUCCGUUGAUGACCGCAAAUUGCCCGGGUCCGGGAUUAAGAUCGAUGGUCUUUUCCAAAAGCCAAAUCAUACAAGGGUAGGACACGAAAUGAAAUUAAGAGUUAAUCGAGGUAGGAUUCCUCGCUUCUGAGCGAGAUUCCACGCCAGGAUACCGCCGCGUGCAAGUGGGACUCGCUUUAUCGCUCGUAUAAGCUGCCAUAUGGAGGUGCGAGGUGCUAUCUAUUCGCAAGGAGAAUUCCAUGUAUUAUCGAACGGCGCGCCGUGCGCAAGCUUGGAGGGGAAACAGGCUGGGGGAUUGACGGGAAAACAACUUGGGCAAGGGGGAUAAACCGCUUGGCUUGGUUUGCGUGCAAACCCGGGAGCGUGCUAAUGUUUGCUCCUCCGCCUCGGAGUUAAAGUUUAUUUCCCGAUGAUCUGCUGAUGAUAAACCAACUCGGAAUGUCACCUCCUGCACUCUCAGGCACAACAAGCCCACCGAACUGGCCGGCAGGCCAGCUGUAGCUUGGGCAGAUGUGCAUUCCCACUGCGAACCAAAGGCCAAAAAGGCCAAAAAUUCAAUUGCUGUGCAAAAUUAAACGGAACCCUCUGGGUGCACGUCGCAAUGGCAAGAGAAAAUUACCGACAACACCGGGGGGGGGUUUCAUGGAUGAUGGGCCAAGUGAGGAGACGGGAAGCUUGCCGUGUGCAACUCCGCCUCUAUCCCCGUCAGGAGGAAGAGAGAAACACUAUGUGGAUUGGACCACAGAACCUGCCCUGGCACCUGAUGUUACAUCCUUUCCACGGUGCCCGAUUCGCCAAGACAAACCAAGUCACUUUAGUUUUAUAAACGUGCCCAGAAGAGACAGGGCCGGCACCGAAGCUGAGUGCACCUGCAAGGACCUGGCUUUGUUCGGUCCAGGGGAGGGAUGUUGUCGUUGAUAAAGCUGCUGAUCCCCCGGAUUUCCCAACACUGUGGUCCUUUUUUGACUCCAGCAGCUGUGGAGGCAGACACUGAGACACGGACCUCAGCGACUGUGAAGGGAGUCUCCUUCUUGAGUGUGAUGCUUUAUUGAUUUGGCUCACAUUACAUUCGUUUGAAGAUGAAGAUCGCUUCUCUCCUCCUCCUCGCAGGUCUCUGCCUGGCUGUCGACCCGCCACGCAAGCCUUUCCCACCCAGAGGCGGUGGCAGCAAGCUUUUGACUUACAACGAGACUGUCACCAGGCGCGUCAUCUCACCGACAACCACCUUUGUCGACUGGAUACCCGGAGAGGAAGAUGGGCAAUACGUCUUCCAGGAAAACGACGGAACGCUCAUUAUCCAAAAUAUUGCUACAAAUAGAAGCGAAACGCUAGUUGGUGCCGACAAAGUUCCAGAGAACUCUUACAGCUACUACAUUAAGCCAGAUCUCUCCGCCGUUCUGUGGGCAACAAACUACAAAAAACAGUAUCGGCAUUCCUUCUUUGCGGAUUAUCACAUUCUCGAUUUGGAAUCUGGCUCAUUGACUCCCCUGGACAAUGACCAAAACGGCGAUAUCCAGUACGCUGCCUGGAGUCCCAAGGGAAAUGUUAUCGCCUAUGUCCGCAAUAACAAUUUAUACCUCUGGAAGAACGGAGAGGUCACUCAAAUCACGGAAGAUGGAGGCCCAAAUACUUUCAACGGUGUUCCAGACUGGGUAUAUGAAGAGGAAAUUUUCGGUACUCCGUUUGCGUUGUGGUUUUCACCCGACGGCGAAUAUGUCGCUUACAUGAGGACCGACGAAACUGGCGUCCCAACAUACACUAUCCCAUACUACAUGGAUAAUCAGAAGUUUGCCCCUCCGUAUCCAAGAGAAUUGGAGCUUCGUUAUCCUAAAGUGUCGCAAACCAACCCUACUGUCCAGUUCCGCCUUCUGAAUGUCGAAUCCGAAGAACAAAAGAAUGUGACACUUGAUGCUUUUGAGGCGGAUGACCUCAUCAUUGGUGAAGUUAAAUGGUUGACUGAUGGUCACGAGAAAGUUGCACUCAGAGCUUUCAAUCGCGUUCAGGACAGGGAAAAGAUUAUCCUGGUGGACAGUGAGUCCGGCGCGGGUUCAAUCAUACAAGAACGUGAUGGUACAGAUGGUUGGCUCGAAAAUAACCAGGCUAUCCGCUACAUCGGUAAGAUCAAGGGCGGCCGGUUCAACAGCAGGGCAAAUUACUAUGUCGAUAUCUCCGAUAUGGACGGCUGGAGUCACCUUUAUCUUUUCCCUGUCGGUGAAGGAGAGCCCAUCCAACUCACCCGUGGCCGUUGGGAGGUUACUGCUCUGAACCACGUCGACACUGAACGUCAGUUGAUUUAUUUCGUUGCCACCAAGCGCCACAGUACCCAACGUCAUCUUUACUCGGUUUCAUACCGCGAUAUGAAAAUAAAAGCUCUAGUCAAUGAUCGUGAGGCUGGCCACUACACUGCUAAUUUCUCUGCAAGGGGUGGUUAUUAUGUCCUCCACUACCAGGGUCCGGAUGUCCCUUACCAGGAACUCUUUGCAACCAGGACCGGGAAGGCAAUCCGGACAAUUAAUAGCAAUGCUGAUGUUGUGAACAAGCUCAAGGAAUACAAACUUCCCAGAAUUGACUAUCUCGAUAUUCGGCUCCCAUCAGGCGAAACUCUUAAUGUGAUGCAGCGACUUCCCGCCAACUUCUCCCCCAGGAAAAAGUAUCCCGUGUUAUUCACACCAUAUGGGGGACCAAACUCUCAACAGGUUCAUGUUGGUUUCCAAUCUUUUGGCUGGACCGCCUAUAUUGCAUCCGAUCCAGAACUCGAAUACAUCACCUGGACUGUCGAUAACCGGGGUACUGGCUUUAAGGGAAGAAAAUUCCGUUCGACGGUCGCCAAGAGACUCGGUGCUCUUGAAGCUGAGGACCAGGUCUAUGCUGCCAAGGUGCUCUCUAAAUUCCCAUAUGUAGACAAGGAGCGGAUUGGCAUUUGGGGUACGAGUUAUGGAGGUUACCUCACGGCCAAGACACUGGAAACCGACAGCGGCCGUUUCUCCUUCGGUAUUAGCUCCGCCCCUGUUUCGGACUGGCGUUUCUACGAUAGCAUGUAUACCGAACGAUACAUGAAGACUUACGAGAUGAAUGAAGCCGGUUACAAUGCCAGUGCCGUUCGCAAGACAGAGGGCUUUAAGAACGUUCGAGGAAGUUUCCUUCUCCAACACGGCACGGGCGAUGACAACGUCCAUUUCCAGCAUUCCGCUGCUUUGUCAGACUUGCUCAUGGGUGCCGGUGUAUCACCCAACAAAAUGGCUGGCACAUGGUUCACUGAUUCUGACCAUGGUAUCCGAUAUAAUGGCGGCCAUGCUUUCCAAUACAAAGAGCUUACUAUGAAACUCUAUGAGGAGAAAAACAGGAAGUUCGAUGAGGAGAAACACCAGUGGAGCAAGAAGGAUUUGGAAUUUGCUGCUUCUAUCGGUAUCUAAUAGAUUUGAUCAAAUCGAUCCUUCUCUACCCGCAUAAUAUUCUUUUGUGUUACAAUGGGACAAGUUGGACUGUUAUACUACACGUGUGCCUUUUGCGGGAGGCUUUAGACCUUUCUGGGAUAUAUUCAUUCGAUUUUCCUUUGGAUUGUACAUAUUGACUCUUGUCACUUUCUACUUGCCAUUAUCCCAUAGAGAGAGGCCUUAGACAGCACGACGGGAUGAGGCAAAGCCUCCCUCCCCUUAUAUCUGCAAUGAAAUUGUAGUGUUGAAAACUAAUA